AUGGCGAGUCGCCAGAAGUCUUUCUUCGAUCGGGAUAAAAAGCAGGCUCGCCCUUUCUUGCAGAAAGACUGGAAGCGUGAAAACGAGUCUCAUGGCCCUCAACCUUCCUUGAAGCCAUCCGCCCUCAUGGCUCCCAUAGCUGCCUCCUCACAAUCCAAGUCGAAGCUAAAAGCCUUCCAAUACGAUGAGAGGAAUGACUACACUGUCCCCAAGGCUGCGGUCACUGAGAAAGAGAAUCACGAUCCCGAGCUGGACGCGACGACCCUGAAGAUGGACCCCCCUCCACAGCAUCUCUCGCAAAGAUCUGCAAAGGACGUACGAGAUUGCCCCCAGACACCAGUCGGCAGACUGCCAUUGACGGAGCUCCUCGCAAGUGGUGAUGAUACGUCUCGUCAGCAUCUGAACUUGACACCCAUUGAGCGAGUCUUAUGGGACAACUCGCCUGUCAGCUCAGAGCCUGCAAAAUCAAGGCAGAGGGGUAGAAAGAGAGCACAUAGCUCAUCUCCGGCGUCAUCUUCCCAAAAUGACACCUCUCGUCCCUUUGGGAGUACCAAGCCACAGGCAGACCUCCCGGCUUUGCAGAAAGCUUUGAAAACACCAAAGGCUGAUCCCGCUGACGAUCUGUGGAGUCGUUACUCACUCAACACAGGCACUACCGAAAGACAGUCCCCCACCGCGCCCGCUGGCUUGGCUUUCACCCAACUCAUACAUUCAUCAUCGCCUCAAACACCCGCUAGUCAUGACAAAGAGGGGAGUGGCUUAAGAAGGGUCUUAAGUUGCAUCGAAUGGCCGACGUCAGCAGCGAAGAGGAGAAAGCUACAACAGAGCGGCACGUACAAGGACUCCAAUGGUGGGCAUGCUAGAAUUGAUGGAGGCCCCGAUGAUACGAACGAGAAGUCGAAGAUGUCAAGGGUCAGCUUCCUGGUUGAGAAGAUACAUGACGGUCUCACCAAGCCGCGCGCCAUUCAGGAGUACUCUUCGUCUGAGCCUGCCAGAUCCUCACCUGUGGCGCGGAAGGUCAACGAAUCACCCAAAGGACUCGACCUACCAUCGCAAGAAGGCCAGACAGCAAUCGACGACGUCGUCACUGUUCUGAGUCAAACCGCUGUAGCACCCAAAGAGCGCCCACUCCUGCCUCUGGUACUUUCUGCGGAGGAAAUUGCGGAUCUUGAGAAAGCUGAUGGCUCCUCUGACUUUGGAGACGAUGAUCUCGAUCUAGAGAUGCUCGAGACGGUGGAUGCGACUCUUCAGGCUUUCUCGACAACAAGAAUGAAGGCCGCGAGCCCAAGACGCGGUAAUAACAAUCGACCCAUUACCACAGUCGAUCCAGAAGAGCACAUACGAGGACCUACCCAAGCUGACUCUGCGGAGGCGACCUCUGGGGAUACCGAGAGGCUGUCCCAAGUAUCCUUCCCCUCUGAAAUAUCCUCUUCACCAGCACAGGUGGCGCCCUUGAAUCACGAUGAGUUUGGUGAAGAUGAGGAUGAGGUCUCUGCAGCCGACCUGGAGAAUGUCUUCGCUCAGUACGAUACCCAACCACAGCAACAUGUUGCUAGAAAAGAUCAUCUUGCGAAGCAUGCAGAUUCAAUGCGUCCAGAAUCAGCAACUGACGUCCGGAAAGAAUCCAUAUUCAGACCUAAAUCCGCGAUUCCUAGACCUGUGAUUACCACUCACAUCGAAGUGCUGUCUGAUGACGAGGACUUCGGCGAUGAUUCGGAUUUUGAGCAGAUUGCUGCUGAGUGCGUCGAGGCAACCAGAAAUCAGCAGGUAUCACAGCCUCAGUCAUCUGUACUCUCUGUGCAAAGUGAAGGGACAAAGUUCAGCAAAGCAAUCAUUCUACGACAAGCCUGGGUAGACACCCCCUGUCUCCCCGAGUCUUAUGUCCAUCUCAUCGGAGAUUUUGAUCGUCUUGGUCAAUGCGUCGUCGACAACACCCAGAACCUGCUUAUCCUUCAUCCUGAUCAUCUGAUUUCAUCUACUGUGGUUGGAGAUUCGUUCACAUGUACUCGCAAAGCUGUCCUAGAAGCUCGAGUCAAAGCCACCAGUGAUGCCAACCAGGCCACUCUUUACGGGCAUUUGCUGCAUGAGAUAUUCCAGGAGGCGCUGAAAGCUAAUAAAUGGGAUGAUGGUUUCAUGAUUUCGCUCAUUGAAACCAUAGCGACGCGGAGCCUGGAGUCGCUCUUCGAGCUUCAGAUUGAGGUUCCGAUCGCCAUCGAGCAGCUCAGAGCCAGGGCGGUCGAUUUGCAGGCUUGGGCUGAGAUUUAUGUUGCCGCAAAACCGAAGUCGAACGCCGUUGUCAAAGAUCGGAAUGGAGCCCAAUCCCUCAUGUGUGUCAACAAGCUUCUCGAGAUCGAAGAAAAGGUGUGGUCACCAAUGUAUGGGUUGAAGGGCAACAUCGAUGCCACAGUACAGGUGACGUUAAAGGACGGUGAGGAUGAAAAAACAUUAACAGUACCGUUCGAGUUGAAGACGGGUAAAAAUGCCAACGCAUCGCAUAAAGCCCAAACAUCGCUUUACACCCUUUUGCUUUCCAAUCGAUAUGGCGAGUCACUCAGUGCACUAAGUAGCUCCGAAAUCUCUAAUGUCCAAACUAUACGCCACGAAUUGGUACCCAUGAUCAUGCAACGGAACGAGUUAGCAAGCUAUGUUCGUCAUCGUGCGGAACUACCCCCAAUGAUCAAGCGGCCAUAUACUUGUGGCAAAUGCUUUGCCCAAACACCAUGCUUUCUCUAUCACAAAUUGGUAGAUGACGGUAAUGGCGAGACAAGUGGCCUUGGAGAGAGGUUCGACGACUUCGUUAAGCACCUGAAUCCUAACCACCAACUCUUCUUCAGCAAGUGGGACGCUUUGCUGACGAAAGAAGAGAAAGACUUUGUCAAAUUUCGCAAAGAGUUGUGGACAAUGCAAAGUUUCGAGCGCGAGAGGGUCGGACGAUGCUUCGGCAACGUCAUCAUUGACCCAGGUUCCUUCCAUAAAAUCGAAGGCGCUCUAAAGAUCAACCGCUAUGGCUAUACUUUUGUCAAGCAGAAGCCAACACCUAGCUUCUCUUUCAUAGAAUCCCAGAUCACUCUUGGUGAACCUAUUGUGAUCUCGGACGAGAAGGGACACUUUGCUCUUGCGAAUGGUUACGUGACCAGCGUACGGAAGCACAAAAUCCAGGUCGCCAUUGACCGCCGUCUGCAUAAUGCUCGAGCAAAAGGCAAUGAUUUUGACACUCUGCGAAACCAAACCUUUGCAGGUAUCAUGGAGGUGGUUGACAAUGGUUUUGGACAAUCAACCAUGAUACCCACGCAACCUGAUGAAACUAUAACGUACCGUCUCGACAAGGAUGAGUUCAGCAACGGCAUGGCAAUGAUUCGUACCAAUCUCGUUCGCUUGAUGGAGAAAGACGUUUUUGGUGUUCAAGCCCUUCGGAGAUUGAUCGUUGAGAAUGUGGCUCCUACCUUCAAGCCCACAGCGUCAGCGUAUACUCUUGCAGAUACGGCGAGCCAAGCUAGCCUGAAUGUUGACCAAAAGGCUGCAAUUGAGAAGGUGAUGAUCGCCAAAGACUACGCCCUCGUCCUUGGGAUGCCGGGAACUGGGAAGACGACUACCAUUGCACAUAUUAUUCGAGCUCUUGUAGCCCAAGGAAAGAGCGUUCUACUUACCUCAUAUACGCACACUGCUGUCGACAAUAUAUUGCUCAAGCUACGCAACGACGGAGUUGGCAUCUUUCGCCUCGGUGCCGUCGCAAAGAUCCAUCCAGAAAUUCAAGAAUUUGCAGAUCUUGCGGGCAAACCGAUCAAGACGAUGGAAGAUCUCAAGAGAUGCUACACACAACCAAUUGUCGCAACAACGUGCCUAGGGAUUAACCACCCCAUCUUCAAUCAGCGUGUCUUUGACUACUGCAUCGUCGACGAAGCGUCUCAAAUCACACUUCCCGUGUGCAUAGGUCCCAUCCGAAUGGCUAGGACAUUUAUCCUUGUCGGCGACCACUAUCAAUUGCCUCCUCUGGUCCAGAAUAAAGAGGCUCAAGAAGGUGGCCUAGACAUCAGUUUGUUCAAAACACUCUCCGACAACCAUCCUUCUUCAGUCGUGAACCUCGAGCACCAAUAUCGUAUGUGCGAAGAGAUCAUGACACUCAGCAAUACCUUGAUCUAUGACGGCCGUCUCAAAUGCGGCACACCAGCAGUCGCCACUCGCUCAAUCGUUAUUCCUAGCAUAGACGCCCUCAGGCAACAUCACCAUAACCCUCGCAGUAUCCUCUCUGCCGACCCAAAGAAAGUCUGCCCUGGCCCUACCCGAGGAUCUUGCUGGCUCCGCGAUCUCCUCGAUCCUUCCGUCAAAGCCUGCUUCGUUAAUACAGACCCUCUCUUGUCUCUUUCUCGUGAAGCCCUGGAAAGCGGGUUACGGAUCACAAACCCCUGCGAAGCAAAAUUGGCCACCCAAAUCGUCGAAUCUCUUAUCACCACAGGAAUUGCUCCUACAGACAUUGGUGUCAUUACUCUUUACCGUUCCCAGCUGGCACUGAUCAAGCAAUCUCUCCGCCACCGCUCGGGCGUCGAAAUGCACACCGCGGAUAAGUUCCAAGGCCGUGACAAAGAAGUGGUGGUACUCAGCCUCGUUCGUAGCAAUGAAGACCAAAAUGUCGGAGAGCUGCUGAAGGAUUGGCGGAGAGUCAAUGUUGCACUGACAAGAGCGCGAACCAAAUUGCUUGUGUUGGGGAGUAAGAGUACGCUCGUGGGAAACGACUUGUUGAAGGACUUUAUCGUAUUGAUGGAAAGAAAGGGGUGGUGGUUUGAUCUACCGGCAGGAGCAUGUGAAGGACAUGUCUUCGAAGACGUACAGACGCAAAUCUCUGGUAGGGGAAGCGCUGACACCAAGGCUGAAGUGGACUUUGGGAAGGCGAAGGUAAACAUUGAGAGGCAAGCACUUGGAGAAGGCAAGGAGAACAAAAGGAGUAGGAGGGUCCCCGCGAAGCAGGGGAAGUUGGAUGUCAGCGUCUUAAUGGGCAAGAGGCCUGUUUUGAGAGACAUCAUUAACGAUGCUUCUUGA